AUUGCUAAUAAAAAAGUUCAUAGUCUGCCCGUAAAAAUCCUAGUUUUACACUAUUGUUUAAUGUUUAUGAUUUUUAACUAUAAUGUUGUAUUGAAUCAUUUCUGGCUUACGAAAUCCUCGAAUUAGAAGUAUUCUGACAACUGCACCAAGCCAAGCAGGUGAGCAGCGGACCUUCUGAGCAACGACCAUGGGGAAGAGGAGAUUGUCUUUCUUAUUAGCGAUCGUCAACGUCGUCUGCAUAUUAGGGCUUAGCAACGCGUAUGAAUCACCACAGUACACAGUCGUUCACUCGGAAUCGGAAUUUGAGAUCAGAUUAUAUACAGAUUCAGUUUGGAUGAGUGCUCCCGUCAAAGAAAUUUCCUUUCGAAAAGCAACCAGAGAUGGCUUCCAUAGGUUGUUCCAGUACAUUGAAGGACCCCUUGAUUCAUCAGCAUAUGUCGUGUAUUUCUACUUGCCAGAGAAGUUCCAAUCCACACCCCCUCUUCCUCUCCCUGAACUCAACCUUACCCCUGUUUCAUGGACCUCCAGUUGCAAAGCAGUUCGCCAAUUUUCUGGUUUUGCAAGAGAUAACAACAUUGUGGAAGAAGCUGAGAAGUUAGCCAGCAGUUUAAGCAAGUCUCCAUACUCUACUUCUUCUUCUAGUAGCUUUGCAUACUCAAUUGCACAAUAUAACUCUCCACUUAAGUUCUUUGGUCGAGUAAAUGAAGUCUGGGUGGAUGUUGAUGGCUGCAAAUCUACUGAGGUGGCUGCAUAUUGA